UCUCAACUUCAUUCUAAAUUUACUAAAAAAAACUACAAUGCCUGAAACUACAAUUACAACAAAAUUUACAUACUUUACUCAACUAUUUCUUUACUCAUUCAUGAUACUUUUAUUCCUCAAUCAUAACCAUUUGAGUAACGCUUGUUUUGCUUCAGGAAUAUGUGGCGGAGGAGUUGGAUGUUUGCCACCACCACCACCUCCUUGUAUACCGGCACAAUGUGGAGUUGGAUAUGGUUGUGGCCAGUACGGAUGUUAUCGACUCAGAGCGAGGGUUGCAUCUUCUAGGACACUGAAGAUAAACUCAAAAGAUUUGGAGGGCUUUGAAGGUGGCGAAGAAGAGCAUGAAAACAGGCCAUUAGACAGCCCAGACGCACGCUUUAUGGCUUGUUGUCAGGCGCGACAAUUGCCUGACCAAUGUCUCAGCAAAUGCUCAUUCGUUUCAUUUACUCGUCAAGCUCUUCAGAACAUGUACUUCCGUAUGGAUUCAUGCCCAAUGCAAGCAGCAGCAGACAUGCAAUUUUGCGCAGCGCAGGGUCGAGACCAUCGAGAAUGUUGUGCACGCAAUGGUAAGCACUUAAUCUUUAUCAUAUUUCCAUUUUUGAAAUGCUUUUUUAUCGGUUAUGGGGUAAGCUACACAUCACUUUCUUUUCAUAAAACAAAAAAACAAGCAGCUUAA